UGUGGUUUUGUGUGUGUGUACAUUUGUAAUUGGAUUUUUGAAAAUCGAAUUUUAAUACGCGAUUACCUACGCGGCUUCUUGUCACUGUGAUCGAUUUUUCACCCUAUAAAAACUUGUUGAACUGUGUGAAUUAAUGUGUAGUUUUAUUGAAGCAUAGCUAAUUUAAUCCACAAUGGCCAAGGAAAUGAUGAUAGUGUUUGUCUAUGACACAGAGUUCUGUGUGUCUGAGGAAGAUGACCCUGCCGAUGCAGUGUUGUACUUCCAUCCUGGAUGGGUAUCAGAUACACAACGCCAUGCACUGGCCGGACAGGUUGUGGGCGCGGCGCAUUGCGUGAAGUCGCUGUUUUCACAGCCGAGCGCCAUCACGCUGCAGAGUGGCAAGUUCAUCAUCAAGGAAUACGGCAGAUACCUCCUGGCUGUUGGCAGCGAUCGAAAUAUACCAGACUGGGUGUUGAAGAACCGAGCUAAUCUGCUCACGUCUAUGAUCAAAGUGUACCACGGCGACCUGCAAACCCUGGCCGUCACCAUGGAAGACCAGAAGCGACUCGCGGAGAAGCUUUAUCAGAUCUUCGAGACUUACCUCCCAGUGCUGCAGUAUGGCUGCCAUAUCUUCCAGCGGGUGCCGAUGUUGAGUUUACCGAAGAGUGCCACAUCUAUAUACAUGGAGUCUAUGCAGAUUUUGGAGCACUGUCGAAGAAAUAAAGGUGUUUUGGGUGCUGUCGUCCUGUACAACAAUAAGAUAAUAUCAACGCAACUCCCACCAAGCCUAACUUCAUAUCUGACCGUCGUGGAUCCUUACCGGAUAAAGUCGCCGGCCGAGAGCCUUCAAACAGACACACCCUUGCCGCUGGGAGCUCAAGUCCUGGUAGUCUACGUGGGCAGAAAAACGUACAGCAGGCUCAAGAAACAAUCCGACAUCUUGCAGGAGCUGUCCACAAAUGGGGAGGAUAUGAUUAACGGGUUCAAAAAGGCCCAAGAAACUGAAAAGGAAAAGACCCAGAUCCAGGGUGGUAUGAAAAGGGACAAGUCCCUUCUGUUCACCGCUGUUCCCGAAGAAGACCACAAUAUGAUAUCACCUCCCAGCAAAGAGGGCCAGAAGAAACCUAGCAUGCCAGACGUUGUACCUUUCGCAAACAAACCCAGAAGUCGACCCAAUAAAAUUUCGCUGAAUUUCAAAACUCAAAAGUCGUUGGAUGAAGUUGUUCUGGAGAGUGAAAAUGUAUUUACUGGUCAGACUAGUGUAUGCUCAACGCCCAUGGUGGAGUACAAAAGGCUACACGGCAAUAUGCUAUCCAUCUGUCAGAACCUGGACAGCCAGGACAAAACAGACUUAGAACCAGAUGUGAUUAAAAACAUAGACUUGGCAACCAAUGAGGUUAGAGACAAAACAGCACUGAGCACCGAUUGCGUCGCCGAACACUUUAUCAGCAAACCCGAACCAAUGCGAAAACUUGCAAGCGUUACUAACUUAUUGGAAAAAAACGAAACUGACCUCGUGAAGUUGUCUAGAGAGGAUUUAGUGCGGAAGAACCAUAACACGACCAUCAACGACCCCUUAUUCCCAGUAUUCCGAAACGACGGCGUGGCUAUUUCAGAGUCCUUGUUCAAUCAGUACUUGGAGCAGUACUACGCAGGGAUAAAAGACAAGUCUAAAGAAAACAUGUUCAAUUUUAACCUAAAGCUUUGCGAGUUGGAUAAAUUUCAUGACUUUGAUUCUGAGCUCACGAAGUCUCCGCAGCGGACGCCAAAAAAGAUUAAAGACUCAAAGGCGACGAGCGAUCAGUCUAGACGAAAAUCUUUGUCCUUGCCUCUGAAAUCUUUAAACACAGACUCCUCAGAUUGUGAGACAGUCGCAUUUAAGAAGAAGCUAAGCGGGGUCCAACUGACGCCGCUUAUGGAGAAACUUAGCCAUUUGGCAUUUUCUGAUAAGUCAAGCGGGUAUAGCAGUAGAGUCAUGACACCGUUGGAGUAUAAGGAUAUCUUGACGCCGAGCUUAGAGAAACAAGUUUCUUUUGCAGAGAGGUCAAAACAGCGCCAAGAGUGGGACAGCGAAUCAGAGUCGGAAUCGGAUAGCGAGUACGAGCGGGACAACGACAGUAUAUGUAGGUACAGUGCGCGCGCAGAGAAGUGUGCACUGUUCGUUAGCGGUCUCCACAACAUGGCGUUGUACGUGCUAAUGGACACCGACGCAGCUAAUAACGCCGAUACUAUCAAUUCUUUGUGGGAGACAUCUCUGAACGCGCUCGGUCCCAUCGAGCAGAAGUGCCUGGAGCCACUGGUUGGCAAUGCGGAGGCGACAGACUACAGCUAUCUGAUGCUAGACCCGGACUGGGGCACCGUCCGCAAGGGCGGGCCCUGGGCGGCCAUGGACAUCGCCACCAUGGGCCUGCUUCACAACGAGUUCCAGGAGGACCGCGACCUGACGGAGUUCAUGCUGAGGAGUGAAGACAGCGUGGUUCUGGGCGUGUCGUGCGGCAAGUCGGAGAUCUUCUACCAGGAGAGUGGGCCGCGGGCGCCCGGGCCUCCGCCGCCCUCCGACAUCCUGGCCACGGCGCCGCUGAGGGCGCGGCGCCGGCUGCACCGCGACCACUGCGCCUUCGUGCUCUAGGCUGCGGCGACCACGGUACGUGUGAUAUAAGACUACUCGCAGAGCAAAGGUGGGUGUCUACUUAAGGACGCAUGCAACGAGUUUUACUUCUUUGGCAUAGAAAAUUAAGAGGAACUCCUAAGCCUUUAUAUACAGGGUGGUUUUUUGAGAAGGGCGGAAGAACUACGUGACUUAGAUAAAAGUCGUGAAAGGAGCCAUGCCCUCGAUUUAUAGAAACCAAUAACUGCAUAUUUGGUUUUUUGAAAUUUCUUGAACUUUUGACAGAAAUCUAUGUGAAUGAUUUUUCAAAAAAAUUACAUCCUGUUUUAUUUAACCAAUGGACUCUGUUACUGAUAAGGAUCAAUCAGUGUCCUCAAUCCAAAACAAAUUCCGUUUAUUUUACAUCGUUCUACUCCUUGUUAGAGAGAUUUAGCGUAGUAGUUAAUAUCAUACGAUUAAUUUCAGAAAACAAGAUUUUCAGCGCGUCUCUUUGCGGUUGAGGCAUAAUGACUGUUGUUAAAUGAAGGUCAAGGCGUUAAGUUGAAUAUAGACAGCAUGAGUUACGUUUCUGUCGUAAGUUCAAAAGUUUUUAGUACGAGCUGAUAGUAAGAUUAAACCAAUGCUACUAAAGAUAUCUACGUUAAAUAAUAUACAGUAUUUAUAAUUUUUGUUGAUGUGCCUUUUUUCCAAUUAAAGUAUUUUAUUUUUGUACAUAUUGUAUUUAUUUAUUAAAUUAUUUAUUUAUACAAUUGAUCUACGACUGAGUUAUUUAAUUUUCGUUACAGUGUACCAAUUACUGUGAUUAUUUUGUAUUAAAAUAAUAAGGAUAACAUUUGUCGUGUAAACCGGUAGUAAUUAGUGUAGUUUAUGUUAGACAUACCUAGAUUCUUAAUUUGAUCAGAUGCUUAUACCAAGACAUGAUUUUACCCUUCAGAAAUAAGAGUACAAAGUAUCUAGACCAAAUAUUACAAAUGGCUCGAUUAGACCUAGGAUGAAGUAUAGUUGGAUGUGACAAGCAAAUAAAAAUACCGUUAACGAGAUUACAACAUAAAAUAACUAAGUAAUAAAAAGGAUGAAAUUAAUAUUUCAUCUUUGUCAGUUUCUGUUUUGAGUGUUGGUCGCAACCUUCACUUGUGUUCGGUCGUUUGUUCAUUACAUUUGUAAAUUUGCGUAAUCGACGGUGUUGAAGUGAAGUAAUUAAUAAUGAGUGUUGCAUAUAACUCAUAUGUUAUUGGAUAAGCCGUACUGAGCGGAAAUCAUUAAACUUUGCCUUUAAUAAUGUAAAUACGAUUUUUAGUAAAAAUCAGAACAGUAGCUAAUUAAUACGUGAUAUAGAGUUCCAAUACUUUAGAAAUAAUGUAUAAAAUGUAUGUAUAAUAAUUAUUACCAUAAAUCAGUAUAUUAUUUCUUGGAACAAAGGCCAAGCUUGUCGAUCAUGUUACUGCUUUUUAGUUUAUCCAAACAAAUUGUUCCUUUGGGUGUACACGCAUGGCAAAUCCAGUUGAUACUUCGUCCUAGGUAGAGACCAGUUUUCGUCAGGACAUUUCUAAAUCGUUAUAGAUACCUCUAUCGAUCGAUUUGUUUGACAUAACAUGUGACAACUCGAUUCUUGCACUAAAUAAUGAGAAUAAAAUCAAUAGCCAAUAGCAAGUGUAUUGUUUUUAUGAACACGCUUAUUACCAGGCCAUAUAGUGAAAUCUUGUAUGUACUGAUACUAGACAAUAACAUGUUGAGGAAAAGCAUUGAUUAUGUAAUAUGGUUCUUAUACAUAUAAUAUUGUUAGUUAUCAGAUAGUACGUAUAGAAUAUAGUUGUAGUGUUUUAGUCCUAGUAACGUUUUUCUAUAAAUUAAUUCUAAAUUAGUAUGAUGGGUGAGCUACCAUUUAGUGUGGGGAAGCAUUAUUGUUAGCACUGUUUUCCUGGAGUAGCCGACUUACAGCGGACUGACAUUGUAUUUAGAUGAAAAAGUUCACUUUUUAAUUAUUGUAGAUUACUGUUUUAGUAGUAAGACAGGUUCCAUACAUAUCUUCGAUGCCAUCUUGGAUUUUAAUUAUUUACACGUUAAACUUUUAUCAAUGCAAGUAGAUGUAGAUUUAAGCUAUUUGAAGCCAUCCGAAGACUUUUUUUUCUCGUGUGAAUAUGCAAUUGCAAUAUUAGUUGCUUUCGAUCUAGGCUUAUAUUAGUUUUAUAGGCACAGAAAUCCCUAGGGUUGAUAAACAUACCGAUCUAUUAAACACGUCUAGACUAUCAUUGCAAUGGUUGAUCAUGUUAGUUUAUUACUAUCAUAUUCGUUUGACGGAACUUAUUUAAAAAGUGGUUCGUUUAUGUCAUUUAAAUGAAAUAAUCUUUUUUAUACACUAAUUUUAGAAUGCUUGUUACGAAGUGUAAGUGUUUAGCGUCCAUUAUUUAUCGCACUAAGUAGAUAAAGCAAUUAAUUCCACCCAACUAGAUGCGUCUGGUCUAUAUGCUCAGAAUUACGGCAAGCUUCUCCGGCCAUAUAGAUACUUAGCAGAUAGCUAGUCUAUGCUCAAUCUUAUUUCACAUCAACCGACACAAGCAAUACUUUAUCGGGGUAAUUGACGAUUUUAUCUUUGAUAAUGAAAUUCGUAAUAAAUGCAACGUUACCGUUAAAAGGCGCGAUUUGAUAACACAAUAAAUGUAGAGUGUAAAAUUGGGCAUUAUCAUUAUCACCCUCUUCUUCGAUGUAAUUGUGAAUUCUCAUUCAUUUUAAAUGAAGAACUGCAUCCAGUAUUGUUAUUAAUUAUGUAACAUUCCACUAUUGUGUAUGAAUAAUUUUGUAUGUUACCAAAUACAUAUUAGUGUUUAUAAAAUAUAAAGGUCAAAUUUCGAGUUCAGAAAUAUGCAUUUAAUCUGGUACAAACUACUAACCGAUUGUAAAUCGCCAGCCUCUCCAAAUGCCAACAUCAAAAAUCCGUUAUGUUAAUUGUGGGGUUAAGUAAUAUUAAUUUAAUGUUUUUAUUGUGUCAAAUGGAUGAAAAAUUGCCAUACAAACAUGUUUAUUUGAACUCUUAUUUUCAAAAGAAGUCAUGAACAAUCAUUAACGUCAUCAGUUAAUGAUUGUUUAUGAUUCUUCUUUUACUUUACUUACCUCUAUAUAUAUAUGUACAACACUAUGUUUGUAAAGUGCCAAUAUUUAUUCCUAGGUGGUUAUUUAUUUUCAUACUUCUAUACAUAAUAUAUUUAUAUAAGGAUUAUAUUGUAAGUCCAAUAGUGAGAUUCUUGUAUUGUAAUGUAUUGAAUAAAAUAUGAUAAAUAUU